UGUAAAAUGCUUUUUUUGACUGAUUAUAUUUGUCGUAUAAUUGAUCGACUUCCUUAUCGUCAAUAUCUUCACAAUCCUCGUCACUAUCACUCAAUCUGUAGCAGUUAUGACAUAUGUAUAAAUCGUCAUCGCUAGUCAUGUUAUUAUCGUUUACAGUCAUCACACUGUAGUUCACCAGAUCUGAUGCCCUUUAGGCAGGCAGAGCACUGUGUUGCUGUUUGUGAAUUCUUACCUUUACCUUGUUUUUCGUUUCGUUUUUCAUGCUUCUUCCUUUUUCUACUUUCCUUCUCUUCUUCCUGCUGUUUCUACAAUUCUUCUGUUUUCCUGAAUAUCUCCGGAUAUCGCUCAGAUGUUAUAGCAAAAGGGAAUCUCUCUAUGUUUCGUUUACCCUUUCUUGCUGGUGCAGAAGGUUUCUUGCGAACGCGUCCAGGAUCAGCGAUGUCAAGUGCUUCAACGAGCUCCGCAAGCUCCUCCGAAACAAAAGAGGAACCAUCUGGAGGAAACCUGGCUAUCAAAGAUGUUGUUGCAGCGUUGAAGUGGGUCAAAACGAACAUCGGUGCCUUCGGAGGUGAUCCCAAAAGAGUCACUUUGGUUGGACAUGAUACUGGUGCUGCUAUUGCAAACUUGUUAUUUGUGAUGCCAUCUUCAAAAGGAUUAUUUCAUCGAGUGAUUCUUCUAAGUGGGACUGCUCUGAGCUCGUGGGCCACCAUCCACGAUGCAGAUUCGAUACGGUUAAGCGUCGGAAAACAAACUGGUUGCCUAGCAACGGAUGCUACCGGAGAUGAGGAUAUCGAUAUCGCCUCGUGCUUACGGUCUAGAAACGGUAAUAUCGCUACUACAUUAGAACUGCUGCUUUUCAAAGAUAAAAGUUAUGAACAAUAA